AUGUCCACCUUCUCGUUAUUGUUCUUUUGCAUUGCUGUUGAUACUGAGUAUACGACAAAAGCGAAAGCAGCAGUUUCACAGAAAUCAGCUUCUCUACCAGGAAAACCUCGAACCCCCAUUGCGACUACUCCGAAAUCGAAACUACAACCUAGGACUCAACCCAAUUCCCCUAAUACAAGUAGUAAAGCUGGAUCUUCUGGUACAAAUACACCUCACAAAGCAGGAACUAAAAGUCCACUAACAGUUGCACAGCAAGAUCUGGCAGGGUUGCACUUGGAUCAGGAUGUCGAUGAUGCUGAACGUGAAAGAGAGAAAGAAAAGUACAAAGAGAAAGCUGCUAUAAGUAUGAAGACUGAAGAACUGAUAGCUAAAGUCAGAAAAGAAGAGGAAGAAUCAGGCAAGAAGAAUAUCAGUUUGAUCGUAGUUGGUCAUGUCGACGCUGGUAAAUCCACUUUGAUGGGAAGGCUGUUGUACGAUAUUGGAGAAUUGACUGAGAAAGAAAAGAACGCAAAUGAAAGGGGAAGUAAAAAGAUCGGCAAAGGAAGUUUUGCUUUUGCUUGGGGACUAGAUGCGUUAGGUGAUGAACGUGAUCGAGGAGUGACGAUCGAUAUCGCCACAACGCAUUUCGCCACACCUCACCGAAAUUACACGCUACUCGACGCACCUGGACAUCGAGAUUUCAUUCCUGCUAUGAUAUCAGGAGCUGCUCAAGCGGACGUCGCUUUGAUGGUUGUAGAUGGAUCUCCAGGAGAAUUCGAAGCUGGAUUUGAGCGGGGUGGUCAAACAAGAGAACAUGCUUGGUUAGUGAGAAGUUUGGGUGUUAAAGAAAUCAUAAUAGGUGUGAAUAAGAUGGAUGUGGUAUCAUGGUCACAAGAUCGAUAUGAUGACAUAGUGGAAGCGCUCAAACCAUUCCUUGUGUCUGCUGGAUUCAGUGCUGCAAAAACCACUUUUAUGCCUCUGGCAGCUAUGGAAGGUACAAAUGUAUUGGAAAAUAAUGCUGAGGACUUGAAGUCGUGGUACGAUGGUCCUACCUUGAUAACAGCUUUAGAUAAGGUCGAAGUUCCCUCAAGACCUUACGAAUCUCCAUUGAGAAUACCAGUGUCGAAUGUUUUCAAGGGUCAAACGGCUAUCGCGUCCGGUGUAGCUGUGUCGGGCAGAUUAUGCAGUGGUGUAGUCCAAGUUGGAGAUAGACUACGAGCUGUCCCAGGAGAUGAAGUCGCUACAGUGAGAACUAUCGAAGUGGAUGAAGACUCAUCUUCGUAUGCAGUAGCAGGACAAAACGUGACGUUGUAUUUAUCUGGAAUAGAUUCAAUCCAUUUAUCAAUCGGAACAGUGCUAUGUCCAACAUCAUUACCCGUUCCACUAGUCAACAAAUUUAUUACUCAAAUAUUAGUUUUCGAUCUACAAUCACCUAUCAUUGCUGGAACGGCAGUCGAGUUGUUCCACCAUUCGAUGAAUUUACCGGCUACCAUAAGUAAAUUGAUCAAUAUAACCGAAAAAGGCCAAAUAACAAAGAAAAACCCUAGGGUGUUGCAAAAAGGUACAACAGCAACUGUUGAAUUGACUUUAAGAUCAAAUCCAGGUUCAAGCUCAGGUAGAAUCCCUUCGAUUCCAUUAGAAACAUCUCAAGAUAAUAAAGAGAUGGGUAGAAUCUUGGUCCGUAGAAAUGGAGAAACGAUAGCUGCUGGUGUUGUCACUGAAAUCCUUGGGUGA